AUGGAUGUUUACGAGAUAAAUAUCAAGAAGGCACUGAGCAAAAAGGAGAUCGAACUUAGACUGCUAGAGCAGGGUAAUGCCUGUAAUGCAGCACCAUCUUGGAGAUCUGUGGCGACAUGGAUAUCUAUGGGGUUGGCAAAUGAGGAGGCUCAAAUUGCAUUGCUCAUUGAGAUAGAUGGAUUUAUGCAUUCUGCUGUCACACAUCUCGGAGAGGGAUUCGAUGGAGAUGACAAUCAUGACGACUUGAACGUAGAUAUCCUAGAUGAUCUCGAUGAUGACCUGGAAGAUUUUACUGAGACAUCUGAUACAUGGACAAACUCGCCCGAACUCAUUGUGAUCCUAUUGCCAUCAAACCUCAGGGUAGAUCGAUGCAGACACUUGAUGGCAGAGGAUCUCAUUCCGCUGGAUAUGUUCCUUCGCGAAGGGCAGGCAAAUGAUGCACUUCACAACCUCCGCAUUCACUUGUGCAACAAGGCAGUCCUAUUCCAAACGAUGGUCAGGCAAGCCAAAUCUCAAGCCCUAAAAACUCAAGUGUGGUCGCAGGUAACGUCAGUGCAGCAGGCUGUCUCCCUGCAUGCAAGUAUAUAUACCAAGACCAGGACGCAAAUGAUGAAACUUGACACGGGGGAUGGCCAACUUCAGAAGUACAAACCCCUGCUUCGUGAGCAGCUCAAAGUCAGCACUGCUGUGGGUGAUCCGAAUGCCCGUGGUCGAUGA